CUCCAUCCCCCAUCACAGUCAUAAGGAAAGACAGGACAUCCAGGAACAGCGUGUCUCUGUCUUGGCAGGAACCCGAACAUCCGAAUGGGAUCAUCUUGGACUACGAGGUCAAAUACUAUGAAAAGCAGGAACAAGAGACAAGCUAUACUAUUCUGAGAGCCAAAGGCACCAAUGUUACCAUCAGUGGCCUCAAACCUGAUACAACCUACGUCUUCCAAAUUCGAGCCCGAACUGCAGCUGGAUAUGGGACAAACAGCCGCAAGUUUGAGUUUGAAACAAGUCCAGAUUCAUUCUCCAUUUCCAGUGAGAAUAGCCAGGUUGUAAUGAUUGCCAUUUCAGCGGCAGUAGCCAUAAUUCUCCUCACAGUUGUGGUGUACGUCUUGAUUGGGAGAUUCUGUGGAUACAAGAAGUCUAAACACAGCACUGAUGAGAAAAGACUACAUUUUGGGAAUGGCCAUUUAAAACUCCCAGGCCUGAGAACUUACGUGGAUCCACAUACGUACGAGGAUCCCAAUCAAGCUGUGCAUGAAUUUGCCAAGGAACUAGAUGCUUCUAAUAUAUCCAUUGAUAAAGUAGUUGGAGCAGGGGAAUUUGGAGAGGUGUGCAGUGGGCGCCUAAAGCUGCCUUCUAAAAAGGAAAUUUCAGUGGCUAUCAAAACCCUGAAAGUUGGCUACACAGAAAAACAAAGAAGGGACUUCCUUGGAGAAGCAAGCAUCAUGGGUCAGUUUGACCACCCUAAUAUCAUUCGAUUAGAAGGAGUCGUCACUAAAAGUAAACCAGUUAUGAUUGUUACUGAAUAUAUGGAAAAUGGCUCUUUGGACAGCUUCCUAAGGAAACAUGAUGCCCAGUUCACAGUCAUCCAGCUAGUAGGCAUGCUUCGAGGGAUCGCAUCUGGCAUGAAGUAUUUGUCAGAUAUGGGAUAUGUCCACCGAGAUCUAGCUGCUCGUAAUAUCCUCAUCAAUAGUAACUUGGUAUGCAAAGUCUCAGAUUUUGGUCUCUCUCGUGUACUGGAAGAUGAUCCAGAAGCUGCUUACACCACAAGGGGGGGCAAGAUUCCCAUCCGAUGGACAUCCCCAGAAGCCAUUGCAUAUCGGAAGUUCACAUCAGCCAGUGACGCAUGGAGCUAUGGGAUUGUUCUCUGGGAGGUGAUGUCUUAUGGAGAGAGGCCAUACUGGGAGAUGUCCAACCAGGAUGUGAUAAAGGCUGUUGAUGAAGGGUAUCGCUUGCCACCUCCUAUGGACUGCCCAGCUGCCUUGUAUCAGCUGAUGCUGGACUGCUGGCAGAAAGACAGAAACAACAGACCCAAGUUUGAGCAGAUUGUCAGCAUCCUGGAUAAACUGAUCCGUAAUCCCAGCAGUCUGAAAAUUAUCACCAAUGCGGCAGCAAGGCCAUCAAAUCUUCUCCUGGACCAAAGUAACAUUGACAUUUCAGCCUUCCGCACAACAGGUGAUUGGCUCAACGGUUUUCGGACAGGCCAGUGCAAAGACAUUUUCACAGGCGUGGAGUACAGCACCUGUGAUACAAUAGCCAAGAUUUCUACAGAUGACGUGAAGAAAGUCGGCGUCACAGUUGUGGGGCCUCAAAAGAAGAUUGUUAGCAGUAUCAAAGCUCUAGAAACUCAUACAAAGAACAACCCUGUUCCUGUGUAAGGUACCAAAAUGACGUGGCUCAGGAGAGAAAAAAAGAGAAAAGUUACGUCAGAGGGCAAAAAUGACGGCUGAUAAGUGGCAGAAUUUAAAAGAGUCCUUUGCAACAGCUUUGGAAACAUGAUGAUUGAAAUUUCAAACCCACUGAGACACUCAAAUAUUGAGUAUAAAUGCCUUAAAAAUAGGAGCGAACUUGUUUUCUAUCUGUUAAUCCUAAAGGGUGGGUGCUCUUGACUGACUGUUAAUGCAGAUAGUAAAUUUCAAAAGAAAAAAAAAGUAAAAAAUCCUUCCAAGUAAAAACCAGUGAUACUAAAACUUAGAGCCAUUUGAGUAUUAAGUGACUGAGUAACACAAAAAACCCAUGGACAUAAAAGCUGUGUAUUUGAUCUAUACAGCAAACAAGAAGAA